GUCAAACUCUCUUUUCUCUUCCACAUCUUGUGUGAGGACGUAGUGUCGAGUGAAUAACUCGUAAAUAAGUUUUGAAUUUUCCGGGUUUAAUCGAGGUUUCAUCCGUAUUCCGGUAACCAUGGCGGACACAACUGACGUCGAGGGAGUUAAAAAGAAGCGUACGUUCCGUAAAUUCACCUACCGUGGGGUGGAUUUGGACCAGCUUCUGGAUAUGAAGCAUGAUCUGCUAAUGGAACUCAUGCACAGUCGAGCCAAGCGAUGCUUCAAGCGCGGACUUCGCCGUAAGCCGUUGGCCCUCAUCAAGAAGCUGCGGAAGGCCAAGAAGAACGCCCCAACAAAUGAGAAACCUGCAAUCGUCAAGACUCAUCUGCGAAACAUGAUUAUCGUCCCGGAGAUGGUAGGAUCGAUUGUUGGUAUUUACAACGGAAAGACCUUCAACCAGGCAGAAAUCAAGCCAGAAAUGAUCGGUCACUAUCUCGGCGAAUUCUCGGUCACCUACAAACCAGUCAAGCACGGUAGACCCGGUAUUGGUGCUACCCACAGCUCCCGUUUCAUUCCACUGAAGUAGUGCGGAUGGUUGCUGCUGAUGUGUUUAUCUUUUCUUACGAGUAAUGUGCGAGUAGUGGAGUUGGAAAUACAAUUGAAAUUGUAAACAAAAAAACUA